UUUCUUGAUAAACUUGGUGCAACAUAUGUUUGUCAAAAACAUAAAGAACAUGGUGUAACUCCAGCUGGUGAAACCCAGAGGUUCUCCUGAAAACCAACCUUUAAAAAGCCGUGUUUGGUCUAAGACUGAAUUUUUUAUUACUCCAUCAUGAUGAAGACGUUCAGUGUAUUUGCAGCUCUGCUUGUUGCUGUUUUCAGCAAGGAAGUCUUUCAUGGGCAUCAGGUGUUAAGGAUUGUGCCAAAAGAUGAUGUCCAGAUGUCCCUUAUCAAACUCUUGGAAGACAUAUUGGAAUUGGAGCUGGACUUCUGGAGAUGGGUGGCGCCUGUGGAUGUAAGAGUUCCCUCUCACAGCCUUCAGGCUGUCAUGACCUACUUGGAGAGUCACAACAUCAAGUACUUCCCAGUGAUCAAAGACCUGCAGUAUACCAAGCAGCAAAGGAUUGCCAUUUUUGGCUUCAUGCUUUGGGUUAAUUUCUUAUCUUUUUCUCAGAUCUACAGUUUCCAGGACAUGCUGGUGGCAGAGAAUCCGAAGUUGGUCAGCAAGAUAGUGAUCGGUCAAAGCUAUGAACGCCGCCCACUUAAUGUUCUCAAGUUCAGCACUGGUGGAAGCAACCGUCCUGCCAUCUGGAUCGACACUGGAAUCCAUGCCAGAGAGUGGGUCACCCAGGCUAGUGGUGUCUGGUUUGCAAAGAAGAUUGUGACUGAUUAUGGAAAGGACCAAUCUCUCACUGCCAUCCUCAACAGAAUGGACAUUUUCUUAGAGAUUGUGGUCAACCCUGAUGGAUACCAGUACACCCACACCAGAGACCGUAUGUGGCGUAAGAAUAGGAGACCAAACCGUGGCUCCAGGUGUGUCGGCGUAGACCUCAACAGGAACUGGAAUGCUGGUUUUGGAGGGCAAGGUUCCAGCAGAGAUCCUUGUUCAAACAUCUACCACGGAGCCAGAGCUCAUUCUGAGCCUGAAGUCACUUCCAUUGUAAACUUUCUGAGAUCCCAUGGCAACAUCAAGGCCUUCAUUGCCAUCCAUUCCUACUCACAGAUGCUCUUGUACCCUUAUGGCUAUACAAGGGUCCCUGCAAAAGAUGACGCUGAGCUGAAACAAGUGGCUCAAAAGGCAGUCACUGCUCUGACCUCUUUGUAUGGCACUCCGUAUAGAUAUGGUAGCAUCAUCAGCACUAUCUACCAAUCUAGUGGUGGUUCCAUUGACUGGACCUACAACCAGGGAAUCAAGUACUCUUACACCUUUGAGCUGAGGGACACCGGCAUCUUCGGCUUCAUCCUCCCUGCCAAUCAAAUCAUCCCCACUGCAAACGAGACAUGGCUGGCUCUGAAGAGCAUCAUGGAUCACACCUUCAAGAACCCAUACUGAGAGAAAUAUGCAGAGUUAUGGCAAAUAACGUGUGGCUAUCCGGCUUUUGGCAUGCAUACUUUUGGAGUAUUAUAGGGAAAAAUAAAAAUGCAUACUGAAAAACUUGUCAA